CGGUAUGACAUAUUUUUAGUCACAGUGUUGUAAAGAGUAUUCGAGUUAAGUAUUGAUUACUUUUAAAACAAAUUUGACAUUAAUAAUUUGAUUUUUAUCAUUAUACUGUUCGUUAUGUUUACUAUUUAAAAUAAAAUCAAACAAAUAGUGAACUCUAAUAAAUAAUCGAAUUUAAAAUAUUAACGGUUAAUAAAAUUAAUUGUAAAAAAUGUCGAACGAAGAAUUGCCAAAAGGAUGGGAAAAGCGAUUGAGCAGAUCUACCGGUCAGCAUUAUUAUUUAAAUGUUUAUACAAAAGAAAGUCAAUGGGACGUUCCAACUAAACCAGCACAGCCUUGCGACAAUGGUGAUGAACCCGAAGAGGUUCAGUGUUCUCAUAUUCUUGUAAAACAUGCUAAUUCAAGGCGGCCGUCUUCCUGGAGAGAAACAAAUAUUACAAGAUCCAAGGAGGAAGCUAUUGAUUUAAUUAAAUCAUACAGAGAACAAAUAGUGUCUGGAAAAGCAACAUUUAGUGAAUUAGCAUCAAAAUACAGCGACUGCAGUUCUGCAAAACGUGGUGGCGACUUGGGUCCAUUUGGACGUGGAGCUAUGCAGAAACCAUUUGAACAAGCGGCUUUUGCAUUAAAAGUUGGCGAAUUAUCUACUCCAGUUGAUACAGAUAGUGGUAUACAUCUAAUUGAAAGAAUCGCUUAAGGUUCAAUAAUUAACAAUUUUUUUUUAUUAUUAUUACUAAUAUUUAAA